UGCAGCUCUUUUCUUUAUCCGUCCGAUAUCCAGAUUUGCCAUUCAUCGUUGGUGACAUCUGAACUAAAUUAGAAGAGUCUUUUUGAUCCGAAUAUCUCCUUGAAACACACAGUAAGCUUCGUUUAUUAUCUAUCUCCGACCCUAUUUGAUUUGGAACUGCAUCUAACCAGCCUUGGAUAGAUGAGUAAUACUGCCCAUGGGACCUUCACUAGUGAUGGGAGAGGGUACUUUUCCGGGGUCUAUAUGAUGCCCGACAACACGCAGAGGACAUUCACCGGACAAUUUUCAUCUGCGGUCCCAGCAUACUCCGUGCCGACAUCCACAAUUACCUACGACGGUGAUCUGGAUGGCAUCCACAAUGUGGAAGGGGUCAUUGGAGAAUCUGAGAUGGAUUCCCAGCUGGACAACGGGGUGGUGUUAAGUGGAAGACUGACGGCACCGGUCGAUGGGAGUUACAGUGUUAUGGGUCAGGGAACAUGGUCCGUAACAUACUAGACCAGCCAUGGUGGAAUAUGGGGCGAGUCGCUAUCGAAACAUACAAGUCUGAAUGGGUGAUGAGAUGACAAUUGGUUGCUUGCUAUUCAACACAGCUAUAGGAGAGAUAUGUUUGGGAAUCCUAAACUCGGGAACGUCAGACUUGGUGCAAAUGUUCAUGAGCAACGAAAUUAAGCGUUAAUCAAUAAUUUGACUCCUUGUAUGCAGAAACAGACUGUAUCAUCAUAGGACACUAGCACUGGAACCUACUAUAGGACUUUUUUCCC